AUGACUGCCGAACUCUACGCUAUACGUGUGGCACUUAAUCAUCUAAACGAAGAACACAUCACAGGAGCGGUCCUGUUUACAUACUCUCUAUCAUCGUGCCAGCUGAUUGAAGGUGCACAGCCAGGUGAGAGACGUAACACAAUGAUCCAAGAGAUAAUUAAGAAGGCAACAACACUGAAGGUGACCGUUCAAUGGAUACCAAGUCAUAUCUCUAUCAAGGGUAAUGAGGUGGCUGACGAACUGGCUAAGGCAGGAAUCAACUCGAACCUCAUCCUGGAAAAUGGAAUAUUUAAAAAAGAUGCACUCAAUAUUUUCAACCAAAGGCGAAUAAAGAACACCAAUGACUGGUAUACCACAUGCGCGGAGGAAACAGGAAAACACUUCUUCUUCAUCCAGCCACAUUUUAACGACACACCCUGGUACAACAACAAAGAGGUUCGAUGCAUAAAUCGUCUGAUGGCCGGACAUAGCUGUGCUAAUAACUGGCUAGCAACAAUGAAGAUUGUCGAAGAUUCAGACUGUGAGGUGUUCCUAACCAUAGACACAGUCGAUCAUGUUAUUUUGCUAUGCAAUAAAUACGCUACAACCCGCUCGAAGUACAAUUUCGACGGUAGAUUCUGA